CUUAUCCUUCCAACACAGUAAUAAUCAAUCAUGAUAACCGUGUAAUAGGGAAACAAGAUAGCAUGUAUGCUUUAUCAACCGCAUGUGAUCUUGAUGGGGACAGUGAAGCAAGUUACCUGUAAAGAUGAUGCAGCUGCAAAAUACCAAUAUGAUCGCCCGAGUGAGAAGAUCGGUGGUUAUUCAACAAAACGAUCCUGUCAACCACUGCCUUCACUUCUGCAUCACGCUAUACUUUUUCCCAUGGAUUGUUGUCUGGGUUUGUCUGACGAUGAUGCAGCCGUCACAAACUGAGAUCAUCGUGGCACAACAGAUGGAGAUUGUUGAUGAGAAACGACCUGUCAACCACCUCCUGCAUCUUUGCAUCACAAUAAACUUUCCUCCGUGGAUUAUAGUGUGGGUUUGCCUGAUUAUUGGGGAUCGAAUGUAGACAUUGUUCCGCGACCAUCUGUACGGUGUGAAGUGCCUGAUUGGUUAUCUGGACAUCGUGAAUACAGAUUGUCCCCCAAACUAUCAUAAUUUUGAAGGCUACCACGUGAAAGUGGUGGCAUAUAGUCCUAUUCAGAACACGUGAUUAACUUGAAUCAAGUGGUACCAACAGUCCGGUACCUCGAAUGUUUAGGUCGCAUUUGCUUUAUAGAUAUUUAACAUAUCUUUUCUUGAGUAAAUGUGUAAUUUAUUGUGCUACGGUACGAGCGACUCUUAUUUGCAGUCUUGAGAUCAGAAGAAUAGUCAUCACUCUUCAGUCGUUCUAUUCCCAGUCGAUGUUUACCUCUGACAGAAAUUAACCCCAACUGGUUUGACUUCAUACCAUAUUUCAACCUUGUGUUCAAGUCCUAAAAUUUAACGAGAGGCUCGUCUUGGACGUCUUUGAGUUUGUUCGUUUCUUAUCGAGAGAGGGAGGUUGUUUAUGUAAGUCUCACUUUCUGUACAGACAUGCAUGUAUCAUGCAGAUUACAUUCUUUCUGUAAUUAAAACAGGUAAGUAGCUGCAUGUAUAGAGACCACUCGGAGACGGUGCCACCGGUGGGACAGGACAUGCUCAUCUUUUCACCUUGUAUCAUCACUAUUUGAUAGUGAUUCAUGACCACAUGCUUAUAGUAUAUUCGGAAUCGUACAUGGACUCUUUAUAGAGCGU